AUGUCUUCUUUCUUCAUUCCCAAUAAGAACGUCGGCAACCAAGCUGAUUCCGAAGAUUGGAGAAUCCGUGGUUACAACCCUCUGACACCCCCGGAUCUGCUCCAACACGAGAUCUCCCAAUCACCCGAGUCCAAGAAGACAGUCAUCCAAGGCCGCAAUGAGACCGUUGCUGUUGUCAACGGCACCGACGAGAAGCAGCGACUGCUCGUCGUUAUCGGCCCUUGUUCCAUCCACGACCCCGCGGCCGCCCUCGCCUACUGCGAUCUUCUCUUGAAGGAAAAGGAGAAGCACAAAGAUGAGCUUCUCAUUGUUAUGCGAUCUUACCUUGAGAAGCCACGCACAACUGUCGGCUGGAAGGGUCUGAUCAAUGACCCCGAUAUCGACGGCAGCUUCCAGAUUAACAAGGGCCUGCGAAUUUCCCGCCAGCUCUUCGUCGAUCUUACUGCCAAGGGCAUGCCUAUUGCCAGUGAAAUGCUGGAUACCAUCUCUCCGCAAUUCCUUGCCGAUUUGCUCUCUGUCGGUGCCAUUGGCGCCCGAACGACCGAGAGUCAGCUCCACCGUGAGCUUGCCAGUGGUCUAAGUUUCCCUGUCGGCUUCAAGAACGGCACCGACGGUUCUCUCAACGUUGCUAUUGAUGCCAUUGGUGCCGCACAGCACCCCCAUCAUUUCCUCUCGGUCACUAAGCCCGGUGUUGUCGCUAUUGUUGGUACUGAGGGUAACAGCGAUUGCUUCGUUAUCCUUAGAGGCGGCUCUAAGGGCACCAACUUCGACCCUGAAAGCAUUGCUGCUGCUAAGGAGGCGCUCAAGAAGAAGGGUGUUCGACAGCGAGUUAUGGUCGAUUGCAGUCAUGGCAACUCUUCCAAGGACCACAGGAACCAGCCCAAGGUUGCUGCCGAGAUCGCUAGCCAGAUCUCCAAGGGCGAGGAUGCUAUCCUGGGAGUGAUGAUUGAAAGCAACAUCAACGAGGGCAACCAAAAGGUACCCGCAGAGGGCAAGUCGGGACUUAAGUACGGUGUAAGCAUCACCGAUGCAUGUAUCAGCUGGGAGGAUACCUUAUCCACCCUCGAUACUCUUGCGCAAGCUGUGAAAGACCGCCGUAAACUCUCAAACGGCGCUUAG